UUUGCUGUAUUGCAUUUACGUAAACAAACGGUACCGGUAGUAUACUGCGGUGGCUUUACUUUUCUAUUCGACAUUUGUUGACGAAGUGAAAGAAUGGCCGAAGAUAAUGAUGAGUUGGGCCUUUACAUGGAUUUUGAAGACUUUGUUGAAGACGAAGAUGAUGAACUUGAAAGUGAUGAAAGAAACGAGAGCACGGACGAGGACGAAAAUGGAAGCUGGGAUUCUUGGGAAGAUGUUACUUCAACAAGUGACGAUGGUGGGGAAAUCGGAGAGGAAGGCGUCGUCGAUGCAGAAGUCCCCCGUCCUGCAGGCGGGGAAGUACCGGUAGCACCUCGUCCUCGGGUCCCACAGCCAUAUCUCCAUGAGCCGUUACCAAGAGAUGGUGAUGUCUUAGUAAAUGAUGGCGAUGCUCAUCAACAAGAUGUUGAACCUCUUCGUUUGUUGAACAAUGAUUGGUGCUUGUGUGGCGGCCACUGCCAUGUGGAGCCGUCCUUUUCUGCAGGGGACUGCUUGUGCUGCAGGGAGGUAGCAGAAGUUUCUAGAGAGGCUGAUGUACUUGGUGUUCAGUGUUUGACAACCACAGAGGCAUUCGAGGCUGCAAUUUUGCAUCCAACCUCUCUCUACAUUGGUUGGCUAGAAUACACAGAGCGAUGGCGGCAAGCAUCGAAGGCCUUUAAGGAUCGGAACAAUGAGAAGUAUCGAUAUGUUGCUUAUAGGAAAGUUGUUCGGUGGUGCUGGGGGUAUCUUGGCAAAGACAUAAGAGUGCAAAUACCUGCCUGCAUCCAUUCGAGGAUAAUGCGAUCUUACCCUGACGGUGCUGGGAGGUAUAGAGGAACAGUGCUGAGAGUCCUGAGACGCUAGACUUUGCUCGAUUCAGUGGCCGAAUAUCCAACUUGAGACAUGAACUCUGAUAUAUUGUUUACAUUAUAUUUAUUAUGUUGCUUUUUUGUUACUAUUCAAUAUACGUUUUAUAUAGUCAGUUGACUGUGGUUGGUCUGGAGUGGAGUAUGUAGAUUUACAUCUGGAAUUUAAUUCAGGUUCAUUUUAUAUAUAAUCCAUAAAUUUUGACAAUAUUCAUUAUGCAUAUGUUAUUGGUGACUGAAGACAGUGAUACGUUAAAGAUCUACUAUUUGAUAAAAUAGACUAACACACAUUAUAUGACACCUAGAUAGAUCCUUGUGAUUUGAUUGGUUGUUUGAUAUUGUUCAUUCAGCCCAUUUUGCAAUAACGUCAUCAACUCUUCAAUUUGGAUUUAUUCAUCGAGCAAUUUUGGAUCCAUCCGAUUUUGUCCAUUGCACUUGCGCACCGAGACUGCAGCUAAUGCACCAGCAGUGCGCAUGUUGUAAUGACGUAACAAUCAACAGACCAAAUUCGCACUGCAUGUGCAUGUUUUGAAUCGAAAUUCAUGAAUUUGAUAAGAAAAAAAAUAAUUUUUUAGGUGUCAUAUAAACCAAAUAAGGAAUGUUUUUUCUAUUGUGCAAUGGACUGAAUACUUCAUCUGGUGAAAGAUGGAAGAAUGGUCCAUUCAACAAGGCGUAGCCGAGUUGAAUGGAUCAAUUCAUCUUUCACCUCAUGACGUAUUCUGUCAAUUGCACUCACAAACAUUCAUUAUUUGUAUAUUUUGAUUUUUUUGGGGGGUCACGACCUCAUUCUAUAAAAACAUCAAACCUGAAGGAUUUCUAUCUUACUAUUGUGUGUUUAUAAUAGAUGAAUAUUGCACUCUCUGCAAGUGCAUGACAGAUAAUAAAUUAAUCUGGCUUGUGCAAAUUUUUCCCCACUAAGAUCGUAGUCUCGCGAAUAGAAAUGUUUGUAAUUAUACAUGAACAUGUCCAAUAUUUAUAGACAUGACUUUUAUUAUAGUACAUAUCAUACUAGGAGAAUAUCCUGGCCCUAAUGUCUUUUUGUCUGUGCAAAGCCAUUAUUAUUAUGUUCACAUAAUAUGCUUUAUAAGACGUGAUUGCUCAUAAUUCAUGUUCCAUUGUGUUGAUGUAAAUAAAGUGUUUAGUUUCUC